CCCAUCAUAACUUUUUAAAACACUGUAUAAUGCUCUCUGCAUCUUCUCCUUCAUUUCUCCGGCCAUCUCCUCGCUUCACCGGCAGAGCUUUUUCUCCGGCGCCGCCGCGUGUCAGCUACCGCCAGCCCUGUGUUUCCGCCGUUUACACCUCCACUGAAAGAGCGAGGCCCUCUUACCUGAGCCUCGCCGAAACGGCGUCGUGCGCCUCUCUUUAUGAGAUCCUCGGCAUCCCUAUGGGUGCUACCAGUCAAGAGAUCAAGUCGGCGUACCGGAAAUUGGCUAGAGUUUGUCAUCCUGAUGUUGCUGCAAUCAGCCGGAAGGAUUCGUCAGCCGAUGAGUUCAUGAGGAUCCACGCAGCUUACUCGACUCUCUCUGAUCCUGAGAAACGCGCCGAUUAUGACAGGUCGCUUUUUAUGCGGCAACAGCCGAUCGGAUCUUAUGCCGGCAUUUCUUCUCCGACGAUGUCGGGAUUUUCCGGCUAUACUCGCCGAAAUUGGGAAACGGAUCAGUGCUGGUAGGGAAUUGAUUUAGUGACUAAUCAAGAUUAUGUGAGUGAUUGCUCGGGAUUGAAGCUCAGAAAAUUGCUUGCUUGUACAUAAUUUGGUGUCCAUACAAAAUGAAGAAGCCUAAUACACAGGAAGCGCUAACGCCAAGCUUCCCAGUUGAAAUCAAAGCCGAUUAUUUAGUUCAUGGCUUGAUAAGGGCUCAUAGUCAUGGGGCUGUAAUGAUUUUUCCCACGGUGCUUAUGAACGUGUAACACGCCCAGUUUCGAGAUGAACCACUGUAAUAUAAUAUUACUUCUUAAUGACAGUUUACAUAAAAAGAAAAUUUUAUUCCUAUUA